AUGAUAAAGCCUGUGGAAUGCAGCUCUCAGAAGGCAAGAGACAAGUACAUUAAAGAGUACCCUAGUAAGACAAUGAAACAGAGGAGCAUUCUCCAGGUUAGGUUUUCCAAACAGAAAGUUGACUGUUAUAAAUUCCACCUCCCACAGACCAGAACUCAUAUCCGUUGGUCAGGGGCAAAUACCAAGGGCUCUGCUGCCUCGGUUACUUUAUACCACUUCAUCAAGUCGGAGCCAAAGGUAACUUGAAAGAUAAAAAUGCUAGCAAGAAUUGCCCUGGUACUUAUCAUCUUUGAUGCUACAUUGACGGCGCCAACGACAGAGCUCUUUAACUAUGACUCAGAAGUCUACGAUGCCAUCUUGGAAGACCUGGGAACCUUUUACAAUUAUGAACAGAUACCUAUCAACCAAGCAGAGGGUGAAAAAGUGACAGAGAGGCUUUCUGGGAAUAGAGAACUCCUCACCCCAGGCCCACAGCUAGGGGACACUCAGGACGAUGACAAGGAUGAAGAAUCCACUCCCCGGCUGAUAGACGGCUCUUCCCCACAGGAGCCAGAAUUCCCAGGGCUUCUGGGACCACACACCAAUGAAGACUUUCCAACCUGCCUUCUGUGCACUUGUAUAAGCACCACUGUAUACUGUGAUGACCAUGAACUUGAUGCUAUUCCUCCACUCCCUAAGAAGACUACGUAUUUCUAUUCGCGCUUUAACAGAAUCAAAAAGAUCAACAAAAAUGACUUUGCAGGCCUAAGUGAUUUAAAAAGGAUUGAUCUGACAUCAAAUUUAAUAUCGGAGAUUGAUGAAGAUGCAUUCCGAAAGCUGCCUUGUCUCCAGGAGCUUGUCCUAAGGGACAAUAAAAUAAAGCAGCUUCCAGAACUGCCAACCACUCUGACGUUUAUUGAUAUCAGCAACAAUCGACUUGGAAGGAAAGGGAUUAAGCAAGAAGCAUUUAAAGACAUGUAUGACCUUCACCAUCUCUAUAUCACGGAUAACAGCUUGGACCACAUUCCUCUGCCACUUCCAGAAAGUCUUCGGGCUCUUCACCUUCAGAAUAACAACAUACUGGAAAUGCAUGAGGAUACUUUCUGUAAUGUUAAAAAUUUAACCUAUGUCCGUAAGGCGUUAGAGGAUAUUCGACUGGAUGGAAACCCUAUCAACCUCAGCAAAACUCCUCAAGCAUACAUGUGUCUACCUCGUUUGCCCAUUGGAAGUUUUAUCUAAUGUUAGAAUGUUAGGCAAACGUCACAAUUGUGAUGCUUUUUGUAGCCAAGUGACUCAUAGCUCUCUUCAGAAACAAACUCAGUAUAUUUCAGGUGCAUUGAAGAAUGUGGCAUCAUUAUAUAAAGCAAUAAGCUAAGGGUGUUACGAUAAAAUAAGGAUUUAAUAAGUUAACUAAACAUGAGGUAGGUAUAAGUUUAUAAAAUAUGUAGACAGUAAAUGAAAUGACAACAUAUUUCAGCUAUUCUUACAAAUUACAUGAAAUUUGAAAA